AGAGGAAAACAAGUGCUUGCAUCCUGGGGCCCUCACACGCACGCGCAGGAGGCCAGGCGUGCUGCUGAUAAGAGCCUGCGGGUUUGCAGAGAAGCGCAGCAGCGCAGGACCUCACUGGAGUUCUGGUGGCCACCUCUGUCCCGCCAUGCUGCUCACCGACAGUGUCCGGGGCCCACAGUACCAAGAGGCUCGGGCCACAAAGUAAAGGUGUAUCCUGUCUGGAGCUUGUGCUGGCCCGGCGAGUGGAGCCCAGAGCCCACCCCCAACUACCAACAUCCCCCAGAUUGCCGCCUGCCUGGCCCAGGAGGUUCUAGUCAAGAUGUAUUAGCGAGGGGCUGGACAAGGUGAGCAUGGUCGCGGAGCCUCACCGGCUGCCAUGUGGGGCUGCGGCUGGUUCAACGGCACAGGGCUGGUGGAGGAGCUGCCUGCCUGCCAGGACCUGCAGCUGGGGCUGUCACUGCUGUCGCUGCUGGGCCUGGUGGUAGGCGUGCCAGUGGGCCUGUGCUACAAUGCCCUGCUGGUGCUGGCCAACCUACACAGCAAGGCCAGCAUGACCAUGCCAGAUGUGUACUUUGUCAACAUGGCAGUGGCGGGCCUGGUGCUCAGCACCCUGGCCCCUGUGCACCUACUCGGCCCCCCGAGCUCCCAGUGGGCACUGUGGAGCGCAGGCGGUGAGGUCCACGUGGCACUGCAGAUCCCCUUCAAUGUGUCCUCACUGGUGGCCAUGUACUCCACUGCCCUGCUGAGCCUCGACCAUUACAUAGAGCGUGCACUGCCGCGGACCUACAUGGCCAGCGUGUACAACACGCGGCACGUGUGCGGCUUUGUGUGGGGCGGUGCGCUGCUGACCAGCUUUUCCUCGCUGCUCUUCUACAUUUGCAGCCAUGUGUCCACCCGCGCGCUGGAGUGCGCCAAGAUGCAGAACGCAGAAGCCGCCGACGCCACGCUGGUGUUCAUCGGUUAUGUGGUGCCUGCACUGGCUGCCCUCUAUGCGCUGGUGCUACUCUCCCGCGUCCGCAGGGAGGACACACCCCUGGACCGGGACACAGGCCGGCUGGAGCCCUCGGCACACAGGCUGCUGGUGGCCACCGUGUGCACGCAGUUUGGGCUCUGGACGCCACACUAUCUGGUCCUGCUGGGGCACACAGUGCUCAUCUCGCGAGGGCAGCCCGUGGACGCGCACUACGUGGGGCUGCUGCACUUUGCGAAGGAUUUGUCUAAACUCCUAGCUUUCUCCAGCAGCUUCGUGACACCGCUUCUCUACCGCUACAUGAACCAGAGCUUCCCCGGCAAGCUCCGGCGGCUGAUGAAGAAGCUGCCCUGUGGGGACCGGCACUGCUCGCCAGACCACAUAGGGGUGCAGCAGGUGCUGGCGUAGGCGGCCCAGCCCUCCCAGAGAGACGUGACUCUGGUGGACACAGAGCAGUUACUUACUCUGGAUGCCUCUGCGUCCUUCCAGAAGGAAGAGAAGUAGGAGCGGUGUUUUUCUUGAAGUUUUCUUUUUCCCACAAAUGCCACUCUUGGGCCAAGGCCAUGGUCCCAGUGGCUGGCGUCUGGCGUGAGCUUCCCUGAGGCCUGUGCGUCUCCUGAACACACAGCUCAAGGUCCACAUCCGCAAAAGCCUCCUUGCCUUCAGCUUUCUCAGCAUUCAGUUUGUCAAUGAAGUGAUGGACGCCUAAAGCCAGUAUAUAUACUUUGUGGUUAAAAUACUUGAUUCCUCCUCCUUUGUUUUAUAAAAACAGAUGUUUUCUAGAAAAAUGACAAGUAGUAAAAUGAAGGAAACCCUAUGAAAGAAUGGCAACAGCCGGGGUGGCUGGGCCCUGGCAGUGGGCGGUGGCUGCUGGCCGGGCCUGCUGGGUGUGCCACGGUCACCAUAGGGUUCUGAGAACAUUUCACAGAAGUGCCUGAGACACGGAGACACGGCUGGUGUUAAACGGAGUCAUUUAGUAGCAGUGACGCGCUCUCAGCCACCAAAUGUCCCUGACACCCUCCCCAGCCCCCAGAGAUAACAUCAGCUGAGGCUUUUUUCAGUUUGAACCUGUUCUAAAUCAACUCCUCAAAGUGUGCACAAAACUAAAGAAUAUAAAUAAACAAAAGAAAG